AUGUCAGACUCUAUAGAUAAAGUUGUCAACGUUGGUCCUGAUAUUGUGGUAUCGUCUCCAUCGACCACACGUCGUUCUGUUACCGCUGAGUUAGGUAAAACCUUAGUAAAGCAACAACAAGAAUUAGAGAAACAAAUACAGGAAAUUGAUAAAACUGAAGGUGAUGAAGUUCCUCAAGAUCUUAAAGAUAAAUUAACUUCACUUGAACAAGAAGUAAAUUCCCUCAAAGCAAAUACUGCAAAGGUCUUUUUUGGAAAUAAGGGUCAGCCAACGGGUGGAUUAGAUGUAAAUGUCUCUUCGUCUAUGUCACCCAUAUCACCUGUUUUAGAUCCUACUUUUACCAUGCCAACGGGGAAACUUUCGAGACGUGAAAAAAAUAGUGCAAAAAAUAGACCAAAAGACAUAGAACUUGCAGCUGAGAUAGGGGAAAAUUUAUUAUUAGAAGUUAGACGUUUACAAGCAUUAUUACAAGAAAAAGAGGAAAGAAUAAAACAACUUGAAACGGAAAAAGCUGAUUUGGAACAUAAUAUUGAAUAUCAUUCCAAGCAACUACGAGCAAAAGAAGAAGCUGAAGAGCAACUCAAGGAUGCAAAUUGGAACUUAGAAUUAACACAACAAGAACUUACUCGUCAACUUGAAGAAAUCCAACAGCAAUUGACCAAAGCACGUACUGAAUACACUAAAAUAGAAAAGGCACUUGCUAUAGCCACUAACGUUAUUGAACAACUUAAAGAUAAAGAAGAAAAAUUAAUAACAAGUCUUCAAACCUUAAGAAAACGUCACGAACAAGACAUGGCUAACAAUAGAAGGCACGUCGCUGCUCUUAAUCGAGAAAAAAGUGAUCUAUCAAAAACAAUUGAUGAUUUGAAAAGUCAAUUGACUACUAUUGUAGCCACCAGAAAUGUAAGGAAGCGUACCCCCGAACCAGGUGCUACGUCAAAUGAUAUAUAUCUAAAUGAAGAUGGUCAACCUAUAAACGUGGAUGGUGAUUUAGCUUCUAAUGGAGCUAAUGCAACGAUCCUUUCAGCUUUGCAGGGUAAAAACUUAAAUGUUGAAGUUGAGACUUUGAAAGCACUUAAUAACGCCAAACGAAUGAUUGAUAAUCUUCGCGCAAAUCUUCAAAAAGAGAAAAGUGAAAAAUAUGAAAUAAGGAAACUUCUAGCAGAUAGUCAGGAACAAAUUGAAGUGUUGCGAUCUGAAACAGAUUUUGCUAAUCCUUCUCUUCGCAAGGCUCGAAAACAAAAUAAUAAAAAGGCAAAAAAUGACCUUUCCGAUAUUUUAGAGAAUGACUCAUCAUCUCGAGACAGAAAUGUGGAAGAUUCGCAAGAUGAAAUUGAGUACUCAGCAGAUGAGCAUGAUAUCAUAUCUGGCGGAGAUGAAGAUGAUGAAGAGGCCUUUAUAAAUAAGGACAAUCGUCCAUCAUCUGAUAUGUUUAAACCUCGUAGUUUGAAACCUGAUCUUUUAUCUAGAAAUUCUAGAGCUAGUAAAGGUUCGUUACGAACUUCUUCAUUAUUAUCAAGAAUGUCUAAUAUGUCUAACAGAGUUGAUGGAGGGAUUGAUGAAGAUAUUCCUGGUAAUGAUGAUGAAGAAGAAGUUGUAGAAAAUACAGAAGUUGAAGCACGUAGAGCAGAAGCACUCAAUAGUCUAAUUAACCCUAAAGUAAAGAGAAAUUCCUCUCAAUCAUUAAAAUCACCUCGAAUGUCAAUGAUCUCUCAAAAUAUAGCAAUUGACGAAUCUGAACAACUUGACGGGCAUAAUUCAAAGAACAGAGAAUCAAUAGUUCGUGAAAGAAUAAGUGAACCAACAGAACGAAAAUCUCGAGGUAUAGGGCUUAUUGAAGGCAUUGAAGAGGAUGGUACGACAGAACAAAAAUCUCGAGGUAUACAAUUUGUUGAAGAGAUUAAAGAUGGCAAAGUGAUCAAAGAUGAUGAUGCUUCAUCAGUUGACUCGUUUACUUCAGCUAAUGAAACUAACUCUAAGAGAGGAUCAGCUACAUCUAAAGAUUCAAAUGCUCUCGCUUCUAAAAGAAGUUCAAAACGUGAUAAUCACCGAAAAUCUGCGAGAAAUUCUAUCAUUACAAUUAAAAAUGAAGAGCCUGUCAAGUCAUUCAGAGAUGUUGAAGUGCAAACUGAUGUAGAAGUAGAACGAAGUGACUCAUUUUCAACAGUUAAUACAGGCAAAUUCACAUUCGGAAACCGUGAUACAGUUUACGAAAAUAAUUUACAAAAUUCUAAAAAUGAUGCCUCAAGCACUCGCCAAUCAAUCCUUUUGGCACCCGGUGAUAAUAAUGUUGAUAAUAAACGGUUUACUCUUGAUUUAAGUUCUGGUCGAAAUAAGCAAGGAAAAAGAAUUAGCACUGCUCCUGCAAAUUCAGAAAUGGAAAGUUCAGAGUAUAAUGGAAAUACUACUCAACGUGAAAUUAAACUCAAUGAUCAAGUUCGCAGUUUAGAUCCUCCACCACGUCCAUCAACAGGCCCCCCACCAGCUCUAAUUCGUAAAGUACCAACUCCAUCAGUAAACUUUGGGCAACAGGCCGGAUCACCUCAAAUUCCUCAUCUUCUUAAUAAUCAUCUUAAUGGUUUGACCGGAAGAAAAAGCUCAGAAGACAACCCUAUACAUUCAAACGAAAUUCGAUCAAGGGGAAUCAAUAUCAAUUCAAAUGAAAUUCAAUCAAGGGGAAUCAAUAUUCAAGAACCUUCUAAUAAUCUUCAUCAUCAUCAUUCACCUAGCUCAGGUUCAAUAUCGAGUGUAAGCAGUUCCACAUCUGCAGAUGUAAUUGGUCGACAGUCCGAUUCACCACACCAAGAGGUUAAUGCACCAACGACUAUACCAACAGCAACAGAUCCAAAUAUUAUCCAUGCAAUUACACAAACAAUGAUCGGAGAAUACUUGCACAAAUAUACCCGACGUAAUUUCGGACCAGGAAAAAGACACAAACGAUUCUUUUGGGUGCAUCCUUACACCAAAACUUUGUAUUGGAGUAACAGAGAUCCAGGAAGUUAUGAACCAAAGGAUCCUACGUCAAAGGGUGGAACGUCGUAUUUCGCUUACAUUGAGUCUGUUCGGCAAGUUGUUGAUCAUAACCCAUCACCACCUGGUUUGCAUCACAUGAGUUUGAUUAUCAAAACUCCAGACCGCGAACUAAAAAUUACUGCAGCUUCUAAAGAAAGACACGAAUAUUGGUACCAGGCUUUAAGUUAUUUAUUACAACGACCAGACGAAACUAAUCAAACACAAAGUCAAGCAAGUGGACGACCAUCAAGAAUGGGCACAGAUCCCUGGGAUAAUCAACCGAGCACCAAUAGUUUAAAUAGUAAUACAUCUCCCAAUGGGUCAUUGAGAGGGGGUAAUAGAGAGGUUAAGAAAAAAUCAAGUUUUAGUAAACUUAAAUCAAUGUUCCGCAAUCCAGAUGCACCAAAUUCCCCUUUAUCAACUGAAUUCAUUGAAGGUCAACCUCAACUAGUUGGAUCAAGUUUAUAUAAUGGGAUGGAUGACGAAGAUGACGAUGAUCUAGAAAAUGUAAGACAAUGUUGUGACGGACGACAUGAUGUCAGUAAAUUGGAGAGAGGACCCCAAAAAGGCCAUCAUCACAAUCAUAAUUCACAUUACUAA